AUACUCCAAGCAUCCAACAGCAUCCAGCCCUGAAAAUGAGGUUCCAAUCACUCGCAACUUUUGCUUUCCCGUUUUGUAUGGAAUCACCUUUCUAUACUUCUCCCCUCCAUUUCUCCUGGCCUGAGCAAUUGCUAACGAAAAACCCCUCCUAGGCCUCACCCCAAUCUCUCAAUCUCAACAACUGCCCGGUGCAGAACCAACCUGCGUGGCUGAUGGAGACGCCCUGGUUUCGGACUGCCAAGAAGCGGCUAAAGGUGUCGAUCUGACCUGGCCGCGCGGUUGCGCCGCUGUGGAUACCCCGCGCUAUGUGGUCGCAACAGUGGGCACAUGCACGAUAACGGCUUGGGAUACUUCUAGAGCACAAUGCCUGGAAGGCGAAAAGGUUGUUGGGGCCGUGAACAGCAUUCUGUUGGCGUGUGGGCGGGUUGGAGUGGGCAAGGUUGGUGGAAAGUGCCCGUUCCCGGGGACUAAUGGUGCGACGGGGGUCGAAAUUACGCGGGCAUAGAUGGGGGGCGAGGGGGGUUCUCUUGUUUGGGGUUGGGCUGAGGGAAGGGGUGGGAAUUUUGGAAGGGUUGUAUUUGGAGGGAAGGGGAAUUUCUUUGGCACUAUAAAAAUGAAAUCUGAGUUACUGUUAAACC